UCACAAGUCUCCCUGCCAAGACCGGUCUGGGCAACAACCUGCGCCGUCACCAUCGUCACCACCACCACCAUCAUCAUCGAUAUCCAUCUUCAUUCGCAGCACAACACACCCUCGCUGGCAUCUAUUCGGCUUCAAUUCAAGAUGGGGGACAGCAACAACAAGCAGCACAAAUACAGGCAGGAGAUCCAGCAGAUGAUGUACGUCUCUGGGGAGACCGGUGAGCCAUCUGUCGAGACCACAGCCAUGAUCGAAGAGAUCGUCCGGCAGCAAGUCGUCGAGAUGCUGCGAAGCUGUACUGAACUGGCCGCACGCCGUGGUUCCCGCUCUAUCGCCAUAAACGACCUGAUAUUUCAGAUCCGCGAUGACGCGCCCAAGGUCUCGCGUCUCCGGACAUUCCUGUCGUGGAAGGAUGUCCGCAAGAGCGCCAAGGACUCGGAUGACAAAGGCGGCGACGCCGACAUCGGGGUCGCAGACGAUCCCGCCGGCGGUGUCAUGCCUGGCGGCCCCGCCGUAGAGGAGGCCGCUAAGAAAAACAAGAAGGCCAAGGUCAAGCUUCCGUGGGAACCGUCGUCGUACUACAGCCAGGAGGUCCCCGAACGCGACGACGAGGAGGACGAGGAGGAAGAGGAGAUGAACUACAUCACUCUCCAGCGGCUUCAGAAGGCCGACGAGCGCACCAAGGCCAUGACGAAGGAGGAAUACGUCACCUGGUCGGAAUACCGGCAAGCCUCUUUCACCUACCGCAAGGGAAAGCGAUUCAGGGAGUGGGCCGGCUUCGGCAUCGUCACGGAUAGCAAGCCGUCGGACGACAUCGUCGACAUCCUCGGGUUCCUGACCUUCGAGAUGGUCCAGACGCUCACGGAGGAGGCUCUCAAGAUUAAGGAACAGGAGGACCUCUGCAAGGAGCGGAGCGGGGUAGAGAACUCGGGCACGAAGAAGCGAAAACUCGCCCAGGGUCUAUUCGACCCCCCGAACGAGGGUAAGACGCCGGUCGAGUCCCGCCACAUCCAGGAAGCUUUCCGAAGGCUCCAGUCUCGGCCCAAGAAGUAUAGGGCCAUGCUGAACGGCACAACCCUCCAGCAGAGGACCAAUCUUAAGCUAUUCUAGCGACUCAUCGACGUAAUAUGCGAUAAGAAUAAUCACGGAGUACUCCUUACCGUCGGUUCGCGGUCGGCGCCCGAAUUCCUUUUCGCCGCGAUGGACACGGAAGAUAGACCUUGCCGGCUUGGAUUUCUAUGCGAUAUACCCAGAUUUAAGCGA